AUGAGUCCGAGAUAUAAAGGCGGGUUGAUUCUCAUUAUGACAUUUGUGAUCGUGUGGGUCACUUCUGCAGAAGUCACUCAGGGUGUUUUCGAGGACUACAAGCAUCCAUUCGCAGUGACCUAUCUCGGGACUUCUCUCUUGGCAUUCUUUCUUCCCAUAACAUUCUUCAAGGACUGGUUACUGAAGUCCCUAAGAUCCUGCACUAGUGAAAGUGGCGAUAGUGCGGAGACAGUCGAUACAAUCUGUAAAGGUCCAGAUUCUCCUGGCAAAAAUAAUGUGAAGCAGAGUAAUAUUGAAAUGGCAAAUCAAGAAGAGUUGAGUGCGGUGGAUUCAGCAGGUGAAGAAGUUCGUUUACUUGAAGAAGGAAAGGGCUUUGUUGCAGAGGGAAACAAUGAUGACAUUGUGGAACAAGAGGAGAAGAUGAGCAGCAAGCAAAUUCUCAAAGUUGCCUGCACCCUUGGGCCUAUUUGGUUUGUGUGUGAGUAUCUCAUGAAUGCUUCACUCGCUCGAACAAGUGUUGCCAGCUCCACGAUAUUGCUAUCGACAUCAGGACUUUUCACUCUUCUGAUUGGUGCAUUCCUAGGACAGGACUCCAUAAGUACAGUAAAAGUAAUCUCGGUCUUUGUCAGUAUAGCCGGAGUCGCCAUGACUGCACUAGGAAAGACUUCAAGUACCGAUCAAUCACAAUCGAGCACAACUGUAACCUCCUCUCUUCUAGGAAAUCUUUUUGCAAUUCUCUCGGCUGCAAGUGAUGGACUAUUUGCUGUGCUUAUCAAGAAGUACGCUGGAGAAGGAGGAGAAGGGGUGGACAUGCAAAAGUUAUUUGGAUAUAUCGGACUCUUCUCGCUUGUCGGACUUUGGUGGCUUGUUUGGCCUCUCAUUGCUUUAGACAUAGAGCCCAAAUUUGACUUUCCUCAGUCUGCGGCCUUGGGGGCAGUUCUUCUUGCCAACUCCUUCGUCGGAAGUUUUCUCUGUGAUUAUUUGUGGGCGCUCAGUGUUGUUUGGACCACUCCUCUGGUGGCAUCACUAGGUGCCUCCCUCGAGAUACCUGUUGCCAUGCUGGAAGACAUCCUAAUACAUGGUCGGCGGUUUUCGCUGAUUUACGUCAUUGGCUCGUUCCAGGUAUUCCUGGGAUUCGUAUUAGCUAACUUGCCGGACUGGUUCUCACCGACAUUUGUGUUGCACAUGCAUUGGGAUAAUUUUGUACAUGGAUAUGAGAUGCUUCGACUCUAG